UGACGGCGACUUGCUCACAAAAUACACCGAAUCAACUCGCACGCCAUCUCAAACCCGGACAAGCAUAUGCGUGCAGAAAACCGCCGGGCUCCGCGCUAAACAGCCCACAACCCGCGUAUCCAGAGAACCGAUUGCUCUCCCAACUGCAGUUGAAGCAGGCACUUUGAGCUCGAAGAAUAUGGCGCCUUCUAGCGCGUUCAGGAAACCGAAGAGUGCGUUUUCGCCGCCUCGGCCGGGCAAGUCAAAGAAUGGCAAGUCGACGAAAGAGAAGGGCGCGGCGACAAAGAGCGCAGCCAGACACAGGUUGGGUGGAAUGGGGAACUCGAAGGUCCACAAACAGCCGCGGAAACCCAAGGCGGGACAGAGGCCGAAGCCGCGAAAACCGGUGCAAAAGGGUGCAGCGGGAACGAUGAGAGCCAUACUGGGAGAGGCGAGCUCAGAGUCAGACCCGGACGUGGACGAUGAAGAUGGUGCCGGGUCGGAGGAGGAUAACGAGAAUAUGGACGCCGGGGUCGACGAGGAUGAGAGCCUCGAAAAUGAUGACGAUGAUAACGAUGACAACGCACAAGAUGACGAAGACGCAGACGAAGACGAAGCCUCCCUGGCCCACGACCACGAUCUCAACCUCUCCUCCCCCGAACCCGACUUCAUACUCGCCGAAGUCACCACGAAAGGCACGGGCACGGCUUCUUCCGCAUCCUCCACGAACCCGUCGAUCCCCCUCCCGCUCAUCCACAGGAUAAUGCACGCCCACUUCUCCCAGCCCGACCAGACCUCCCUCUCCUCGGACGCGAGACAGCUCAUGGGGAAAUACACGGAGAUCUUCGUCCGGGAGGCCAUAAGGCGGUGCGUGGAUGACAAACGAGAGCGCGUCGCGCGUGGGAGCGGGGACGGGGCACGCGACGGCGCGGUGGUCGGGGACACGGGCUGGCUUGAAGUCGAGGACCUGGAGAGGGUCGGGGUGCAGCUGUGCUUGGAUUUUUGAGCCGGCAAGCUGCCGCCUAUGCGGGAAUGAGUUGAAAUAGCGCGGCGGCAAGCGACAGCCGCCCACGCAAACAAGAGGGAGCGUCGCCCAUGCGGCCUGGAAGGGAAAAUGGGAAGGGGACGAGAGUCUUCACACAGCAGUACAUCCCUCGACCCGCUCAUUUAAGCGGAAGAUGAACCCAUGCGUCCGAGAUACUGGAAUUCUCUUGCCCGGUGUUUCUGCCCCGCUAUGUACAAUAGCUCUACUUUCACCCCACGAGCAGGAAACGGCCAGCCAAGGGGCCAACGGAUACUCCUGCCUGUCACCGCGUCCUUGGUUCUUGCCCUGUCCUGUCCCUAUUUGUAGAGACACAUCAAGAGGGACCGUGUUUCGAGGCAAACGUAUAGACAAGCGAGGAGAUGUACCCGGUACCGAGAACCUAGUACAUAACACGGAACCAUAAGGUUAAAACAAGAAAAGGAGUGCUGA